AACGGUAAAGCUCGGCGAUGACGUAACGCUUAGCUCGCCUUCCUAUUGGCUGAAAGGUUGUUGUUUUUGUUAGGGCGCAGCAGGUUUGGUUUCACUCGCAACCUGUCAAACGAGGAGAACCGCUAUGAGAAGCUGAUAGGAAAAAGACUGACCCCUGGUAUGAUUCAGCGUGUUCCUCGCUGCUCAGGGAAAACUUCUAAAAUACCGAACAACACAUUUCUCAAACAAACUCGCCCAGUCCCGGUUAUCGAGUUCGGGCGAGGCUUCUCCCGCAGCCCGUGCCCUCACGACGCCCCAGCGGCGGCUCACGCUGAGUGUCGGCGUGCGAUGGCGCGGCGGGACGCUGAUAGUUGCCGCUGUGGACUGUGAUGUCAGAGCCCAGCAGCCCGGGCGAGAGCCAGCGUGGCGCUCCCAAAUUCUUCGUGGGCUGCGACGAGGAUGAGAGCGAAGGCCUGGGCGGCUACGGCAGCAUGACGACAGACAUGGAGUUGUACGAGGACGACCUGGAGGCCGACUUGCCUCCGGAGCGUCAGAUCGUGGUGGGGAUCUGCUGUAUGAUGAAGAAGUCCAAGUCUAAGCCCAUGACGCAGAUACUGGAGCGUCUGUGCAAGUUUGAGUUCAUCACCGUGGUCAUCUUCCCAGAGGACGUCAUACUCAACGAGCCGGUGGAGAAAUGGCCUCUCUGCGACUGUCUCAUCUCCUUUCACUCCAAAGGUUUCCCAUUGGAUAAAGCCGUGAGUUACGCCAAACUCCGUAACCCACUGCUGAUCAACGACCUUAACAUGCAGUAUUACAUACAGGACAGGAGGGAGGUGUAUCGCAUCCUGCAGGAAGAGGGAAUCGACCUGCCACGCUACGCUGUGCUGAACAGGGACCCUGAUAAACCCGACGAGUGUAACCUGGUCGAAGGCGAGGACCACGUGGAGGUGAACGGAGAGAUCUUCCCCAAACCCUUCGUCGAGAAGCCAGUCUCUGCAGAAGAUCACAACGUGUAUAUCUACUACCCGACCUCGGCUGGAGGAGGCAGCCAGCGACUCUUCAGGAAGAUCGGGAGCCGGAGCAGUGUCUAUUCCCCUGAGAGCAGCGUCAGAAAAACCGGCUCCUACAUCUAUGAGGAAUUCAUGCCCACAGAUGGAACAGACGUGAAGGUCUACACAGUCGGGCCUGAUUACGCUCAUGCCGAGGCUCGUAAAUCUCCUGCCCUGGAUGGUAAAGUGGAACGGGACAGCGAGGGAAAAGAAGUGCGCUACCCCGUCAUGCUCACUGCUAUGGAGAAACUGGUGGCUCGUAAAGUGUGCCUGGCUUUCAAGCAAACAGUGUGUGGGUUCGACCUGCUCCGGGCCAACGGACACUCGUACGUGUGUGACGUCAACGGCUUCAGCUUUGUAAAGAACUCAAUGAAAUAUUACGACGAUUGCGCCAAGAUACUUGGGAACAUUGUGAUGAGGGAGCUGGCUCCUCAGUUCCAUAUUCCUUGGUCUAUUCCCACUGAGGCAGAGGACAUUCCCAUAGUCCCUACCACAUCCGGCACAAUGAUGGAGCUGCGCUGCGUGAUCGCCGUGAUCCGCCACGGAGACCGAACACCCAAACAGAAGAUGAAAAUGGAAGUCAGAAAUCCCAUGUUUUUCGAGCUAUUUGAAAAGUACGGAGGAUACAAAACCAACAAGCUGAAGCUGAAGAAACCCAAACAGCUGCAGGAAGUUCUGGAUAUUAGCAGGCUGCUGUUGGCAGAUCUGGGGCAGCACAGUGACCGUGAGAUUGAAGAGAAGAAGUCAAAACUGGAGCAGCUUAAGACUGUUCUGGAAAUGUAUGGCCAUUUCUCUGGGAUAAACAGGAAAGUGCAGCUGACUUACCUUCCCCACGGCCAGCCUAAGACUUCCAGUGAGGAAGAAGCAGACGGACGUAACGAAGGUCCGUCUUUGCUGCUGGUGUUGAAGUGGGGAGGCGAGUUAACUCCUGCAGGCCGAGUCCAGGCCGAGGAGCUGGGUCGAGCUUUUCGCUGCAUGUACCCUGGAGGACAAGGGGAUUAUGCUGGCUUUCCUGGAUGCGGCCUACUUCGUCUCCACAGCACCUAUCGCCACGACCUGAAGAUCUACGCCUCAGAUGAAGGCAGGGUACAGAUGACUGCAGCUGCCUUCGCUAAGGGGCUGUUGGCACUGGAGGGCGAGCUGACGCCCAUUCUGGUUCAGAUGGUGAAAAGCGCUAACAUGAACGGCCUGCUAGAUAACGACCUCGACUCGCUGGGUGGCUGCCAGCAGCGCGUCAAAGCCCGGCUUCAUGAGAUCAUGCAGAAAGAUGAAGACUUCAGAGAGGAAGAUUUCGACAAGCUGGCUCCAACGGGCAGCCCCUCCAUGGUGAACUCUAUGAAAGCUGUAGAAAAUCCUGUGAGAACAUGCGACAAGGUGUACAGCCUCAUCCAGAGCCUCAUCUGCCAAAUCCAAAGGAGACUUGAAGAUCCCAAAUCUGCAGAUCUGCAGCUGUACCACAGCGAGACUUUGGAGAUGAUGCUGCAGCGCUGGUCCAAACUGGAGAGGGACUUCUACAUGAAGAAUGGACGAUACGACAUUAGCAAGAUCCCAGACAUCUACGACUGUGUGAAGUAUGAUGUUCAGCACAACAGUUCCCUGGUCCUGGAGGACACCGUGGAACUGUUCACACUGUCACGAGCGCUGGCAGACAUCGUCAUACCACAGGAAUACGGCAUAAACAAGACGGAGAAGUUGGAAAUAGCCUAUGGAUACUGCCUACCUCUGAUCAAGAAGAUCCAGCUGGACCUGCAGAGGACUCACGAAGACGAAUCUGUCAACAAGCUCCAUCCACUGUAUUCCCGUGGUGUGCUGUCCCCAGGCAGGCACGUACGUACACGACUGUAUUUCACCAGCGAGAGUCACGUUCAUUCACUGCUUAGCAUCUUCCGCUACGGAGGCCUGCUGGACGAGGACAACGACCAUCAGUGGAGGAGGGCCAUGGACUAUCUCAGUGCCGUUCCCGAGCUCAACUACAUGACCCAGAUAGUUAUCAUGCUGUAUGAGGACAACAACAAGGACCCCUCGUCAGAGGAGCGUUUUCAUGUCGAGCUACAUUUCAGUCCUGGGGUAAAAGUGUGUGAAGAGGAGAAUGCACCAAUGGGUUUCGGCUUCCGUCCUGCAUCUUCUGAGAAUGACCAAAUGCAGACAGAUCCAGGAAGUUUGGAGAAUCUCAUGAGGGAUGAACCCGAUCGAUCAGUACCACUAUCUGAUUCAGUAGGCCCUCAGCGUAGAUCUCCUCUAACUCAAAACAGGAAGACUAGCUCCAUGGAGUUCUUGUCAGAAACGUCGUCCUGUAAAACAGCCAGCUAUCGCCUUUUCCCCUCGUGCUCACGCCAGUCUCCGGAGAUGAAGCAGAGCGGAUUAGGCUCUCAGUGUGCAGGCCUCUUCAGCACCACUGUCCUUGGGGGGUCCUCUAGCGCCCCCAAUCUGCAGGAUUAUGCCCGUACACACCGCAAAAAAUUCUCCUCCGGCAGUUUGACAUAUAAAGAUGAGUUGUUGUCUAUGCCGGCAGUAAAGAGAUUUUCUGUGUCGUUUGCAAAGCAUCCGACUAAUGGAUUCGAAGGCUGCUCCAUGGUGCCCUCUAUCUACCCCCUAGAGACACUACACAACUCGCUCUCGCUCAAACAGGUGGACGAGUUUCUGACGGCGGUGUGCGAGAACGCAGGGGACUCCCACACCAGAACCACUAGAGCUCUGUCAGCUAUGUUUGACUCUCAGAACCAGCCCUCGGUGGACUCGUAUAUACCUCAGAGAGUGCUGUCCUCCUCUGCAUCUCUACGCCAGCGCUCAGAGCGUCCUCCCUGGUAUAGCAGCGGUCCCUCCAGCACAGUGUCUAGCGCAGGUCCAUCAUCUCCUAUCACGAUGGACACCUCUCCUCCUUUCAGCUUCAGCGAGAAAGCUGCUCUCACUCCGCAGAGCAGCGAGGAGUUCAACUCGUCCUCGCAAACUGCCAGCCAUCACACUCCUCCGUCCUCCUCCUUUCUUCCUGAAGGCUCAUCUUCUGACCCAAGCUUCGUCCACGAACCCCAAACCCAAAGUACUGACAAACCCAAUGACCUCAUUUUAGACAGCACAUCGUCCACAGACUCUCUACCUCCGGAGGGUCCGGAACGUAAGCAGCACGAGGAGGCUCAGAGUACCACUGAAGGUGAAACAGAAAGCAGUCCCCCCGGUUCUCCUAGCGCUGGACACACCAUGGAGUCCUUCUGCAAUCUUUCCGGAUCGGUGCCAGGCUCAUUGCCGGUGCUCCUGGAGCUGCGCGAGAGCAGUUCAGAGGCUGGAUCCAGUACCCAGACUCCCCUGAGCCCUGAUGAGCCAGAAGACUUCUUCAACACUCAAGAGACAGUCGAGGUGGACAUAUGGAGGAGCGGCACGCACGGCCUCCCUCACCCCGGCACCCCCUUAGAGGUCGGCGCCCAGCGUUGGCCGAGUCCUGAAAACCCCGAACGCCCAGUCCAAGUGUGCAUGCUAAUCCAUGCUAAUCCAUUCUAGUGCCUCUGUGAUCUCAUGUCAAGUGCUGUACACCUACUGUAGGUCUCGAAACGCCGGCGCUCAGUCGCCUGGUCAGACGUUAUGGAGACAGCAUUCUUGAUCUGAAAUGCUGCAUGUCCUUUGUUUCAGUGUGAAGUCUUAGUGCUGAAUCGUCCUCAUCGGCUUGUUGUCGCACCGCCGGCGACUGUCUGUUAACGUGGCGAUAUAAAACGGCGUGAUCAACUCCGUACGGUGCACCAUGCUGGACGCUUUUCACGAUUUCCAACAUUUCAUGGAGUUUUUUUGUGUUUUUUGGGAUAUCGGCACGUACUACUACUAUCGAUAAACCUCGUGCUGAUGCAGUCGGCUGCUAUUUAAUUUGAAUGCCUUUUAUAGGCCCAUUUUUAAUGGAGAUUAACAUACGUGGACAAGGACAGAAGCCUGAUUAUAGUUUAUAUACGUUAUAGCCUACUAAUUUUUUUUUUUUUUAUUACUCCUUUUUUUUUUUUUUCUCCCCUGCCAAAGCUUUCUUUCCGUACCAGUCGUAAUUUAUUCACUUGUAAGGAACUACACAUGUACGUGUUACACAAUUAUUUAUCAACUAAUGCAAAGCGUAUUUUUUAAAUAUAGAAACAUAACGAAUAAAUUCUCAUCUUUUAUCAAUUUUAUAUUUUUCUAAAAAAUAAAGAAAUAAAAAGAAUCAUACUGUACCACUGCAGCUCGGAUCGCGGAGUAAGCUCUUAUCACAGCGAGUUUAUUUUUCCUUUAGCUUUACAGCUUUCCGCUCUAUAAAUAAAUAAAUAAACAAAUUAAUUCAAAAAAGCUCGUUUUUUUUUUUCUUUCUAUUGUAGACGGCUAGAUUUCGUUGACGUUCCUGACGCUGUACAAUUCAAAGUUUAUGAAUGGGAUCGAAUAUUAUUUAAUGUCGCUCGGUAGAAAUGCUGCUGCUCAGAUGUUUGCACAAGACGAAUCAGCAUUUCAAAGAAAAAAAUGUAAAAAAAUUUCUUUGUCGAUUUGUACGCUAGCGUGUGGUCGAAUUAUUUUUUUUUUUUCUUUUCUCAGACUGACCUGUAUGUUUGUCCAAUGCUAUUAGUGCACCACUGUAUACAGCUGCAGAAGGGAUAAGCGACUUUGCCAUACCGACAUUUCAUUGUUACCUCCUACUAGCGAGUUUUAUUAUAACACGAGAGAUAUUAUUUGGAAUUUAUGUAUAUUUGGUUCGUAAUCUUCACUGACACAUUCUGAUCUGUUUGCAGAGUUUGUGUUGCUGCCAGUGCUGUUUACAGUUGCUGUAGUCUUUAUAAAUAUAUAUAUAUGUGGCAUUUUUCAGUGUUCCAAUGCCACAAUGUAAUGUUCAGAAUAAAAUUCGAAUUCCUGUCAA